AUGUUGUCUAUUAGAAAAUUUGCUGAAGUUGUCUAUGCAUGUCAAUUUCAUGGUCAUGAAGAUUAUCAACGUACUCGCCAAUUAAUACAAGAAAAAUUUCAAAUAAAUGAAGCUUUAACUGCACGUGAACAAGAUCUAUCCAUUGAUACAUCAGUUGCAAAUGUUGUUCGUAUUGGUUCAAUAUAUAUCAAAACAGGUACUGAAGAACCAGAUUCUUCAUUCACCAACUUAGUACACACAAAACUAACUAUUCAGCAAUUGGAAUUAUUAGCAGCAGCUUGUCAAUCGAAACGAUCAAUUUUAUUAGAAGGUGAUAUAUGCUCAAGAAAAUCAUCAUUAGUUAUGGAAUUAGCACAUGUAACACGUAAUCGUCUUAUUGUUAUACCACUAAAUGAAAAUUAUGAAACAUCAGAUCUAAUUGGCUCAUGGUUACCCAGUAUGUAUUCAACAAGUCAUAAUAAUACAUUACAAACAAAAAUCGAUAAUUUAUUUAAAGAUAUUAUUAAAAUGUUAUUUUUAACCUGUAUGCCAUUAUGGUCUGAAACAAGUAAUCAAAUAAUAUUUACUAAAUUUAAAGAAAUACUUCGACAUAGAACAGGGACAAUAGUAAAUGAUGAACAAUAUGAUAAUAUAACAUAUGAAAUUCAGGCACUUCAACAAACAAAAACAAUGCUUGAAAAUAUAAUGAAAAUUCCACAAAUGUCGAUUCGUAGUAAAAAACUCACAUCUCACUUUUUAUCACAAACAGAUUUUUAUUUAAAAAAGUUACAAAUGUCACAAUUAACAAAAGCAAAACAUGAAAUGGGUUUUGUUUUUGUUGAAUCAGAAUUUGUUGAAGCUAUUCGAGAAGGUUGGUGGGUACUUUUAGAUAAUGUUAAUAGUGCACCAUCAGAAGUAUUAGAACGUUUGAAUUCACUAACUGAAGAUAAUCCAAUAUUAAAUUUAUAUGAAAAUUCUAAUGGACAAAUCCUAACACAACAAAAUGGUGGAAUACAUCAAAAUUUUCGUCUAUUUACAACAGCUAAUCUUAAUCGUAUUUAUACAAAUAAAUUAUCAUCAGCAUUUCUAAAUCGUGUUAUACGAUUAUGGUUACCAUCAAUGGAUUCUGAUUUACACAUAACAAAUAUCAAAACAAGUGAUUUAUAUGAAUUGGUAUGUGCAAAUUUAUCAACCAUACCAGCUGGUAAUCAAUUAGCACAAUUAAUACUUAUGACACAUGUAAAAGUGAAAGAAAAUUUACUGAAUGGUAAAAUACAAUAUCCAAGUGAUUUUGAUAUAACUUAUAGAAUUAUUGAACAAUGUGUAAAAACUUUACUCUAUCGUGUUGAAGAUCGUACUAAUCCAGUAAGUGCUGUUGAUGCAUGUUAUUGGUCUAUAAUACGUUCAUAUUCUUCAUCAUUAAAAGAUCAUAAACAUUAUCAAAUAUUUAUAAAUGAUUUGCAAUCAACAAUGAUUGAACUAAAUUUAAUUUCAUUACCACUUUAUUCAACACCACAAAAGGUUUUAACAAAUCAACCGUUAUGGAUGCAAGAUUCAGAAAAAAUUCGCACAGAAUUUAUACAAAUUGAACAAUUUUUAACACAAAUCGGUUUUACAAUAUUAAAAUUAAUAUCCAAUGAUAGACAAAAACUGAAAUUAACAAAAGAUUUUAUUUAUUUAUUUUUGGAUGAUAUAUUAUCACGUAUGUGUCCAACAAAAAAUUCUGAAUUAACCGGUAUGAAACAAAAAAUAAUGCAAGAUAUUGAUGGAAAUGAUACUUAUGAAUGUGUACAAACAAUUUUAAACGAUAUUGAACAACAAAAAUUAAUAACAUCAAUAAUUCAAGAUACAUCAGCAGCAACAGUUAAUAGUAUAUUAUUACUUUCAGAAAAAAUUAAAUCAUCUGAAAUAGUUUAUGAUCGUUUACGUUAUUUAUUAGAUAUAUUUUUUCAAAAUACAUGUUUUAGUGAUACAAUUGUACGUAAAUUAUUUUUACAACGACUUUUAACUAUUAUUGAAAUAUUUACAAAAUUUUAUUCAUCAAAAUUAUUUUGUCAAUAUGAACCAUCAAUUAUAUUAUUAUGUAAGAAUAUUAUAUAUCAAUUACGAUCAAUAUUAACAUUUAAAACAAAAUUAUUAUCAUAUAAUAUAUUUGAUGAUGAAGCAUUUUUAAAUACAAAACAAAAUUUUCGUUUACAUUUAUUAAAUCAGACAAGUGUAUUAUGGGCAGUUGAUCAUGCAGAAAAAAAUCCUAUAAGAACAACACGAAAAGAUUUUCGUAAAUUAUUUACACAUUUAAUUACAACACAAACAGAUACACAACCUAUUAAACAUUACUAUAUUUUAUUGGAAUGGCUAGGUUUACAAUGGACAUUUGAAAAAUACUUAACAACAUCAAUUAAAGAUGCAUUAACAAAAAAUAUUUGUCUUUCAUUAGAUUUUAUUAAUGAAUGUGAAACAAAAUUUUCUUGUUGGGAAUUAUCAAAUCGUCUUUGUAAUAUUGUACAAAUGAUUAUGGAAAAGCUUCCAUCGGAAACAACAUAUUUAGAUAUUGAAAGAAAUUAUACAACAAUUAAAAAUGAUUUAUUAUUAAAAAGAGAAGAAUAUGAGAAAUGUCAUCGAGAAAUUAUCGAACUUAAAGAACAAAUUCGAAAAAUACAAGAAAAAAAUAAGUUAGAUCAAAUAUUGAAUGAAACAAUGAUAUCUUCUGAAUCUUUGUCAACAACCUCGAAAAAUAAACUAAAACGAAUGGGAUCUCUUUGGGAUCCGGAUGCUGGUACUCUAAACCAGCAAGAUCGAUUAAAUGACUUAAAAAUUAUUUGUGAAACACUAAAAACUGAAAAAUACAGAUUAGAAGAAAAAUUUGCAAAUAUUGAAACAAGACAAAAUGGAGAAUUAGAAAAAACAACUAAAGUUAUAGCUAAUUUACAAAAAGAAUUACAGGAAUUAAUUGGAUUAGAAAGUACCAAAUAUUUUAUUAGACAAUACCAACAAUCAAUAUCAAGUAUAAAUGAAAUUAUUCGUCAAUUAUUUGAUUUAAAACAAAUGAAUUCAAUAGUAAAAUCUGAUGGUACAUUAGAUCUUCGAGCAGCAUUAACAUCACAAUUUGGUAAAACAUUAAUGGAAAAUGAUAAAUUAUUAGAUAAUCCAGUUAUUCUAUUUAUUAUCAGUUUCUUUUUUACGUCAAUAUUCAUAUCAUUACCGAUAAAAUUAUUUGUUUUUUCUAAUUUAAAUGAAUUGAAAGAAGUUGAUCUAUUUAAUUCGAGUGAUAAUGAAAACUUACUAUUAUUUUUUUGUCCGGAUUGUAAUCCUCAAAAUUGUUAUAUGAUAACAAUUAAUAAACAUCGAAAUUUAGUUGAUAUUAUAAUAUCAUGUUUACAAUGUAAUUUUGAUAUACAAGAUUUAGAUCGAACAUUUCGAGAAAUUCUUGCUGAAACAACAAUGAAUAUUCAAAUUCAACAAGAACAAUUACAUAUCAGUCCAAAUAUUGUUGAAAAUCAACAAGAUCAAUUUAGUUUUGGAUGUUUGCAUUCUUUACAAAUGAAAUAUGGACAAUCAGAAAUAAAUUCACACGAAACAUACAAAGAAUUAAUAAAUUUAUAUUCUCAAAUCAAAGAAUUUACACAACAUAAUACUAUUGAACGAAAACCCAUCGAUGAAGUUAUUUAUCAAAAUUUAGAGCAAUUAACAAAAAAUGAUUUACCAAAAAUAUACACACUUGAUAUAACAGAAUGGAGUGCAAUUAAAUUUUUACAUAAUCUAUUACAACCAUAUCAAAAUGUAUUUACUCAACCAAAUGUUGAAAUAAUUCAUCAAGAUUUGAAUUAUUUCGUAAAAACAUUAGAUUUACCAAAUAUUAGUAGUCGAAUAGCAUCAUUAGCUUAUUUAAAAAAUUUAGCACAUAAUUAUGGUUGUUCAAAAAAGAUUGAAAAUCAUAUUCGGUAUGGAGUUGGUCAAGCACUUAAUAAUGAAAAUGAAAUUGAAUUUCAAUUAUUAUUUGAAUUUAUUGAUAAUAGUAAAAAAAUAUUAAAAUUAACUACACAACAUGUUAUUUAUGGAUCAACUUAUUUUCUUGAAACAUUAUAUACAACAACACUUAAAACAAUAACUUUAUUUGAAACGAUUUUUAGACAAAUAUUAAAACAUGUUGAUCUUAUUGAUGAUUAUGUUAUCGUACGUGUAAAAUAUAAUAGUCAAUUUUUCAAAGAUAUUCAGAUAGAAUUUAAUGAAUGUUUACAAAAUUUAAAUUUUCCACAAGAAUUUUGGUCAAAAUUUCUUUUUUUAAAUAGUUAUUUAACAAAUAUUACACCAUUAUUUCGUCAUGAUAGACAAAAUAAAAAGUCCAAAGCGAAUAGUCAUGAUAAUGAUCAAGAUUCUAAUGAAAAUAACUUUCUUAUAGAAGAUCCUGAAGAAUAUCGAAAACAACAGCAGAAACAAAAAAUUGCUGCAGCUAUUCGUGAUGUUAAAGAAAUAAUGAAUAAUGCCGGUCAAUUGCCUAUUCGUCCACAUCAUAUUAUACAACGAAUACGUACAACAUUAUUGAAAAUGGAGCAAUUUGUUCCGGACAGAAAUACAAAUGAAUAUGAUUUAAAUUCAUUAUUACAAGAACCAAAACACUUACAAGAUUUACUGGAUAAAUUUAAAAUGGAAUUAAAUCAUAUUGAAUUAAGUCAUAUUGAUUUACCAUCAGAUCAUCCAAUUGAAACUAUUAAUGUCGAAGAUAUUAAAUUGAAUAGCAAUAAUAAUAUUAGUAAUGGUAUUAAAACUGUUCAAGAUAGAAUUACCCUUACUCAGUUGAUCAAUAUAACAGAUUCACAAAUUUCCAGUCGUACAUGGACGAAUGCUAUUAGUUUAUUACAAAAAUCGGACAAAAUUGAUGAGUUAAAAAUAACUUUAUCUGUUUUAAAUGAUGAUUUAGCAUUUCAAGUCGAACGUAUAUUAGCAACACCUAAAACGUUGAAUGUAAAUCAUACAACUGAUACAACGAUAAUUAUAGAUAAUUUAGUUAAAGGUAAUAUUUUAACUGCUUAUUCAAAAUUUCGUUAUGAACAGUUAAAAAUAGAUUUUUCCCUCAUUUCAAAUUAUAAUGGUAUUGCUCAGAUGACAGAUAAAAUAAUAGAAUGGAAAAAAACAAUUAGAAUCAAUAUGUUAAAUAUCUAUGAAUGUAUAGAAAUGCUUAGUAAAAAUUUAACCAUAACACAAAAUCAACUUAAAAAUUUUACAAAAAAUUCCGUUUGUAUAUUAUUACCAAUUAUUCUUCGUCCAGAAGAUCUUCUAUAUUUAGUAAUACCACAAUAUACAAAUAUUAUCGAAGAUAUCUGUAGAAAAUAUAAUGAAUUUGAUUUAUCAUUGACAAC